AUGUCGUCCAACUCUGGUGCUGGCGCUACUGCUCACAACGAUGAUGGCAAGGAUCCUAUGAGAGUCGCCGCCGGCCUGAAGGCUGCUCUCCACAACCCUAAUGUCUCCGACGAGGCCAAGGAGAUUGCCUCACACCAUCUUGCCGACAUCACUUCCACUUCUCAUGCCGACGAUGGCAAGGAUCCCAUCAGGGUUGCUGCUGGCCUCAAGGCUGCUCUUCACAACCCCAACGUCUCUGAUGACACCAAGGAUCACCUCAAGGAGCGUCUUGACGACAUGAACUAG